GGCGCGCGGGGCGGAGGCUUUAUAACCACUUCGUCGCUACUGCUCGGUUUCUAUCUCUGGGAGGGCGGCUGAGGCGGCGGCGGCCGGGGCGCCGGCUGAGGGGGCGCUGAGGCGGGAGCUGUGGUGGCGCUGGGCGCCCCUCGUCCCUCGGCCUCUGGGGACCAUGGGCUCUGAGAAAGACUCCGAGUCGCCGCGCUCUACAUCCCUACACGCGGCUGCGCCCGACCCCAAGUGCCGCAGCGGCGGCCGGCGCCGGCGCCUCACCUUCCACAGCGUCUUCUCCUCCUCGGCCCGCGGCCGCCGCGCCCGAGCCAAGCCGCAGGCCGAGCCGCCGCCCCCGGCCGCGCCGCCGCCGCCCGCCCCGGCCCAAGCCUCGCCGCCCGAGGCGCUGCCCGCUGAGCCGGCCGCCGAGGCCGAGGCGGAGGCCGCGGCGACAGCGGGACCCGGGUUAGACGAUGAGGAGGCGGCGGAGGGCGGUGGCUCGGGCCCGGAGGAGGUGGAGUGCCCGUUGUGCCUGGUGCGGCUGCCGCCGGAGCGGGCCCCGCGCCUCCUCAGCUGUCCGCACCGCUCGUGCCGGGACUGCCUCCGCCACUACCUGCGCCUGGAGAUCAGCGAGAGCCGGGUCCCCAUCAGCUGCCCCGAGUGCAGCGAGCGACUCAACCCGCACGACAUCCGCCUGCUGCUCGCCGACCCGCCGCUCAUGCACAAGUACGAGGAGUUCAUGCUGCGCCGCUACCUGGCCUCGGACCCCGACUGCCGCUGGUGCCCAGCCCCGGACUGCGGGUAUGCGGUUAUUGCCUAUGGCUGUGCCAGCUGCCCAAAGCUGACCUGUGAGAGGGAAGGCUGCCAGACUGAGUUCUGUUACCACUGCAAGCAAAUAUGGCAUCCAAAUCAGACCUGCGAUAUGGCCCGUCAGCAGAGGGCACAGACGUUGCGAGUCCGCACCAAGCACACUUCAGGGCUCAGUUAUGGACAAGAAUCUGGACCAGCAGAUGACAUCAAGCCAUGCCCACGAUGCAGUGCUUACAUUAUCAAGAUGAAUGAUGGAAGCUGUAAUCAUAUGACCUGUGCAGUGUGUGGCUGUGAAUUCUGUUGGCUUUGUAUGAAAGAGAUCUCAGACUUGCAUUACCUCAGCCCCUCUGGCUGUACAUUCUGGGGCAAGAAGCCAUGGAGCCGUAAGAAGAAAAUUCUUUGGCAGCUGGGCACAUUGAUUGGUGCCCCAGUAGGGAUUUCCCUCAUUGCUGGCAUUGCCAUUCCUGCCAUGGUCAUCGGCAUUCCUGUUUAUGUUGGUAGGAAGAUUCAUAGCAGGUAUGAGGGAAGGAAAACCUCCAAACAUAAGAGGAAUUUGGCGAUCACAGGAGGAGUGACUUUGUCAGUCAUCGCAUCCCCUGUCAUUGCUGCGGUUAGCGUUGGUAUUGGCGUCCCUAUUAUGCUGGCUUAUGUCUAUGGGGUUGUGCCUAUUUCUCUCUGUCGAGGAGGUGGCUGUGGAGUUAGUACAGCCAAUGGAAAGGGAGUGAAAAUUGAGUUUGAUGAAGAUGAUGGUCCAAUCACAGUGGCAGAUGCCUGGCGAGCCCUCAAGAAUCCCAGCAUUGGGGAAAGUAGCAUUGAAGGUCUAACUAGCGUAUUGAGCACCAGUGGAAGCCCUACAGAUGGACUUAGUGUUAUGCAAGGUCCAUACAGCGAAACAGCCAGCUUUGCAGCCCUCUCAGGAGGCACACUGAGUGGUGGCAUUCUUUCCAGUGGCAAGGGAAAAUACAGCAGGUUAGAAGUCCAAGCCGAUGUCCAAAAGGAAAUUUUCCCCAAAGACACAGCCAGUCUUGGUGCAAUUAGUGACAACGCAAGCACUCGUGCUAUGGCCGGUUCCAUAAUCAGUUCCUACAACCCACAGGACAGAGAAUGCAACAAUAUGGAAAUCCAAGUGGACAUUGAAGCCAAACCAAGUCACUAUCAGCUAGUGAGUGGAAGCAGCACAGAGGACUCACUCCAUGUUCAUGCACAGAUGGCAGAGAAUGAAGAAGAAGAUGGUGGUGGUGGUGGUGGUGGUGCCGGCAGCAGUGGCAACGGUGAAGAGGACCCCCCCUGCAAACACCAAAGCUGUGAACAGAAAGACUGCCUGGCCAGCAAACCUUGGGACAUCAGCCUGGCCCAGCCUGAGAGCAUCCGCAGUGACCUUGAGAGCUCUGAUACACAGUCAGAUGACGUGCCAGACAUCACCUCAGAUGAGUGUGGCUCCCCUCGCUCCCAAGCCGCAGCCUGCCCCUCAACACCCAGAGCCCCAGGUGCACCAAGCCCAAGUGCCCAUAUGAACCUCUCUGCCCCAGCUGAGGGCAAGACUAUCUUGAGGCCAGAAGAUGAGAAGCCAGAGUAUGAAGUGGAAUGAAUGCUCCUGUUCUGAGAAGCACACUUAUGCACCUGCUCUUUGUCUUCCUGGCCUGUGCUUUACUAUGAUGAGGAUGAUGAGUCUGGACAACAGCCAACUUGGAAGAUUCUUAUCUCCUGGGCACUGCAUGCAGACUUAGCACAUUGCCCUGCACCUGGGACGGGAAGUGCUGUUAGUGGACUUUGGAUCUCUGGAAGAAUGCCGGAGAGGGUGUCUUUGUGUGAAAAAGGGAACUUGUUGGGGAAAGGGGCAGACUGUAUGGGAAUCUCUAAAAUGCAAAUUAUCAACUCAAAGACUUGCAUUUCUCUUGAAGCCUCAUCAAGGGAGCAAUUAACAGGAUAAAAUCAAGUCUUCUGAAGGGGCAGGAGUUUGCAGCCACAGCUGUAUUACUGUCUAGACUCCAGUUCUUAACUGCUUGAGAGUUGUGUGUGUUCUCACUUAGCCAAAGUGGGGAUUGUGGUCCUAAUCAUGGAGUUGUAAAGACUGUUAGAUGGUGUACCAAAAAUGCUUUUGUUAAAGGCCCAUAUAUAUAUAUUUUUUUCUCCCAUAGGAAUAAGAAGAAAAAUUAAGGGAGAUUAUGGGUGCCAUCUAACAAAAGCUCACAACUCUAGACCAGAGGCCAUGAAAAAGCAAGCUUACUCUAUUCCUUUGCAACACUGUUGUAUCUCCUAGACAUUAGCAGCCAAAAGACCAGUCAGCACCACCUGGAGGAGAACAGGAGUAAUGCGUGGGAAAAGUUGAUUCUCAGCUUAGAAAAUGGGGAAAGCUGACUUUCUUUGUACAGCAGUGUUCACUCAUUCUGAAAUACCUAAUGUUUCAGGUACAGGAUGCAGCAAUAAGGAAAACAGAAAUGCCUGACCUUGUGAAACUCACGCUGUAGUGGGAAAAAGCAAUCAAGAUAUAUAGUCUGGAUGAGGAUAAAUGCAGUGAAGAAAAGAAAGCAGGGAAAGCAAAAAGAGUAGUAGAUGGUGCUGCUUUAGGUAGGUGCUGUGGACCUCUUUGAUAAAGGUACAUCUUGUUAGAGUCUUGAAUGAGAAAGAACUAUGUGUCUAGGCAAGAAUAUACCGGACAUGAAGAAUAAAGUACAAACACCUUUUGAUGGAACAUCCUUAGUCUGUUUAAACACAUACACACAUGUACAGCAUAGAGGCCUAAAUGGCUGGAACAGAGUGAACCAAGGAGGAGGGUAGUAAAAGGUUGAAAAGGUGGCUGAGGACAAGAUUGUGAAGACAAGGACAUUUUAGGUUCCUUUGAGGCCAGGAGGAGAAGUCGUCUUCAAAGCCAGACAGAUGGGGUGCUUGUGGUCAACUUUAAAAGGCUAAAACUGGGGGGGAGGGCAAGUCUGGUCACUAACCCUACUUGGAUGGGCCAAUGGAAAGAAAUUUGUGGAAGUGAUAAAUGGGUACUUAUUCACUCUGACCUCUUUCUAAUGUACUUUCUUGUACUCUAGAGACUGAGAAGUUAAAACUGUAUGUCUUAUACUUCCUUGAAACCAAGGUUCUGAAUGUAAUCUGCUUUGCCAGUUAGAUACACAAACAAGGAUGUUGAAGGAGGAAGUGAUUCAAGGGUCAUCUUUAGCAACCUUAUUGCUCCUGCAAAGAUACAGAGCACUUAGGUUUCCCUCCGGCGGUAUACCAGUAUCCAUCAGUAUUUGUGUGGAUGUCACAGGGCUUCCUGAUGCAUAAAUAACUGUUCGUGAUGUAUGGUCUCAUAGUCAGCCAGUGCUGGUCUCCUGGUUCCUCCUCUUCCUGAUGGAGGCAGAGGUAGCAGUUCUCAUAGUGGACCAAUCUGGGUGUCUCCUGGACACCCAGCCUAGUGCCCACUUGCCCAACUUUCUAGUUCUUUUGUAAGCACCUUCUUUUGUAAGCACCUAAUUUACCUGUAUCUAAUUCUCUUCUACUUAAAAUAGGUGGAACAGUUUUGUUUCCUGAAGUUUCAGAACCCUAACUGAUAACAGUAUUUGGUUCCAAAACUGGUUAUAGAUAACAGGCCCUAAAAAAUGGGAUUCUUGCUUAGUUAUGACUAAGUUGGAUUUGAAGGAAGUGAGAAUCUAGUUGUCAUUGGAAAAUGGUAAGCUUGUAAACAAAGAUUAUUUACACUUGUGGUCAUGUUAAAUGAACUGUCUUUUGGAUAAAAGACUUUGAUAGACCAAGUGGCCGCCACAACGGACCACUGUGUAAGAAAUGAAGACAUAAAUGGUGGUGCUUUUGCUAGAGAGGUUAAAAAAAGAAAGUGAAAGUCUCAAGUGCUUUUAAAUUUUCAACUCAGGGCUGUCUUUUGUAGCCACAAGGCUGAUGUACAUGAAAAAUCAAGGAGAGAUUCUGGGUUAAUUAAUUACAACAUAAGUUAAAUUCUUAGCUUACCAGGUCUCUUAGGUGAAAAUUAGGAUGCUGUUUGGGAAAGAGUAAAGUGAAAAAUGGGGACAUUUGAGUAGAUUUGGAUAAAUCCUAGUGUUCUGAACCCACAAACUCUACACUUUGCUUCUCCCAUCCAAGUACUAACCAGGCCCGACCCUGCUUAGCUUCCGAGAUCAGACGUGCACUUUGCUUCUCUUACCAGCAAAAGCAGCCCUUCUUCCCCCUGUUGAUAGGGCUGGUGCUGUCUUACUUGGAGACUUUGGGUAGUUGGCGUUGAAAGGAAAUGCUUAUUGCUGCCCCUUAUUACUAUCAGAUCUGUGGCUAGAGUCAGAUCCCAAUAUGCUUCAGAAGCACAUUGAAGUGAAAGUCACUCAGUCGUGUCUGAUUCUUUGUGACCCCAUGGACUAUACAGUCCAUGGAAUUCUCCAGGCCAGAAUUCUGGAGUGGGUAACCACAAAAUCUGACCUUAGAGAAGGGAAGGUUACAGAAUUAUAAGAUUUUGCUCAUUUGAAUCAGUAGAAACCUGGGGAAUGAACGUGUGUGGACUGGAUUCUAAAGGUGUUAGACCAGGAAGAAAUGAACAUAAUUUUAUUUUCAUUUGGUUGAGUUUAUUAAUAUGGGCAUUCUAGAGAUUCUGGAAUCAGUAUAUUGGCGUUAGCAGCUAAGAAUAGCUCUUAGCUGGUUGGUUGGAUGAAACCUGGACUUAAGAGGGGUCUACACUUGCUAAGAGUGGACUCAUUUGAAAGGACCUUGAUGCUGGGAAAGAUUGAGGGCAGGAAAAGGGGACGACGACGGAGGAUGAGAUGGUUGGAUGGCAUCACCG